CAUGCACUGCCAGCCGCAGCCGCGGCUCGCCGCGCCCGGCCGCCCCAAGGCAGGCAGGCGGCGCUACAAGACCUUCAUGAUCGACGAGAUCCUCUCCAAGGAGACCUGCGAUUACUUCGAGAAACUUUCUCUUUACUCCGUCUGCCCGUCCCUUCUGGUCCGGCCCAAACCGCUGCACUCCUGCGCCGGGUCGCCUUCUCUGAGGGCAUAUCCUCUCAUCUCCGUCAUCACCAGGCAGCCCUCCGUGGUCCCUCACCUCGUCCCAGCUGCCACCAGCUCCCGUGUGCUGCCAGCCCAGACCUCCUCGGGGACUGCGAGCUCAGAGACGCCUGCCAGUGAGACCCAUGCCAGCAGCGAGUCGGAGGCAGAGCAGCCCGCGCCUCGGUUAAAAAAGCCACGCCGGAGUAGGACCAUCUUCACGGAGCUCCAGCUGAUGGGCUUGGAGAAGAAAUUCCAGAAGCAGAAGUAUCUCUCUACCCCUGACAGGCUUGACUUAGCCCAGUCGUUGGGGCUGACUCAGCUCCAGGUGAAGACGUGGUACCAGAACCGUAGGAUGAAGUGGAAGAAAAUGGUGCUGAAGGGUGGACAGGAAGCUCCAACGAAGCCCAAAGGCCGUCCAAAGAAAAACUCCAUUCCCACCUCAGAGGAAAUCGAAGCAGAAGAGAAAAUGAACAGCCAGGCGCAGAGUCAGGAGCUGGAGGGAUCUCAAGCCCCCGAGGAGCCUAAACUGACAGAGGAGAAGCCAGAAGUCUCUUUGGAGACAGAGAAGUCUCCGGAACAUAUACCAGAGCCCUCCUCAGAGGAGACUACACCGUUAAGUUAAAAGGGAAAGAAAGGAGGGAAAAAGAAAAGCAAAAAAAGAUAAAAGAGAAAAACCAAAACCAAAUAUAUAUAUGUAUAUAUAUAUAUUUAAAUAUGUAUGUAAUUGUGUGUGUGUACAUAUAUAUAUAAAUAUAUAUAUAUAUAUAUGUAGACCUUGUGUAUAAGUCUAAAGAUUGGUCACUUUGUGCCUUUGGGAAUCAGCCAUCAUGGGCCACAGUGGAACAAAGACAUCCCGCGUGAGUGGUGACGACCCGUCCCUCCGGCGGUGUGCGUAAGCCUUCCCACAGAUAGUGAUGGAGGCCUGAAGGUGUUUCCAGAGAAAACCGCGUCUAGAAACCUGAGGCAGCUCCUGGCAAGUAAAGCAGAAGCCCAGGGCUCCUUUCACGCUGCGGGAGGCAAAUGUUGUAGUGAUACGACUGUGUUGGAGGGUUCAUUGUGUUCGCUUGACUUUAUCCUUGCCUUUUAAAGUAGUGCAAAUGGACGGAGUACUUGGUCUGGUCUCAGAUCAGGGACAGCUAAGAAAUGGGGAGCUCUGAUAGCACCAUUUCAUUGUGUAACCAGCACUUAUUUCUGUUAGGGAUGGGCCCAACUUUAAAAAUUUUAGGAAGGAGUUCAGACCCGUAGGUUUGCUUUGGCCCAGUGUAAAGAUCAAAGCUUCCGAAGCGAGAUUCAUACCUGGGUCAGCAUUCAGAUUUCAUCUCUCUUGGUUGUUUGGGUGCCGUGUCUGUGAAUUUGCAGUGAUCCAGGAUAAAACUUCGAAUGAGAUGAGGGUUUGGAUUUGAGUCUGCUCCAAAAGCUUUGGGAUGCUUGGAUCUGGGAUAUUUUGCUUUGGGCCCACUUCUACUUUUUGUAGGGUUUUUUAAAGAACAUUUAAAUGUUUUCAGCGUUUUGGGAGAAUGAUGGAUUUAAGAAGUUGCUGCAGAAAGUUCGCGUUUGUUUAAGAUGUGUGCCAAGAAUAGAUGUGCAUCAUGUUUCAUAAAGUCUUGUUAAGGAUGCAUUUUGCCCAAAGGCUGCAAGAGAUGUAUUAAGAUAACCUUUAUUUUUUAAUUAAAAAUUAAAUAUAUAA